UGCAGGCUGGGACGAAGGGAUUUCUAAAAAAAAUUGAAAUUACAUAUUGGUAUCUCAAAAAAUUAAUAAUUGCACAUAUUUUCCCUUUACAAAAUGAGCCAUGAUUAAUUAAUAAUAGUAAAUCCCACCCACAUCAAGCGCUCUGCAAUUCUAACAAAGCUCCUCCGCAAGCGCCCGCCAUAUCGGCCACUCCCGGCGGCGCAACCACCGCAUUUCACAGCUCCGUUGCAUUGUUGAAGACUCGAACAACAAAAACAAUGCGGAAUCUCUCACCUUCUCAUUCUCCCUCUGAGAUCGAAAUGGAAAUUCCACUGCCAACCGCAACAACAGAGCCGUUCCGAUUGGAGAGAGCAGUAUGCAGCCAUGGCCUCUUCAUGAUGGCACCUAACCACUGGGACCCACUCUCCAACACUCUCACCCGCCCCCUCCGUCUUGAUUCCUCCGCAAACGUCGUUGUUUCGCUUUCUCAGCACUCUGAUCGCCCCGGUUUCCUCAUUGUUAGGGUUCGAGGCAUCAACUCCCUCUCUUCUCAGCAAGAACGCCACUUGAAGGAUCAGGUGGCGAGGAUGCUGCGUUUGUCCGAGGCGGAAGACAAGGCCGUGAGAGAGUUCACCAAGCUGCACUCUGAUGAUCGGAAUGGAAGCUUUUGCGGGAGGGUCUUUAGGUCUCCCACGCUAUUUGAGGAUAUGGUCAAGUGUAUCCUUCUCUGCAACUGUCAGUGGCCAAGGACCUUGAGCAUGGCUCAAGCGCUUUGUGAGAUUCAGUUUGAACUGCAAAAUGGAUCAUCCUGUGCAGGUGCAGAUUCAGGAAAUCCAAAAGUUGAGACUGAAGACUUUGUUCCAAAAACACCGACUACAAAAGAAUCCAGGAGGUCCAGAAAAAAGGGCAGGAAGUCUGGUGUUUCUGCAAAAGAAGAAAUGUUUCCUAGGAAGAGAUUAGAUUUUAGAGUAGAUGGGAGUUCACAAACAGAUCAUGUGCUUAUGACAGAUAUAGAUGACAGCGGUUCUCAUGGUUGCAAAUCUUGUGAAGUGACGAAGGAGCUAAGUUUGGAUGAUUCAUGCCGUCCGAAAGAGAUUUUUAAUCAUAUUGGAAAUUUUCCUUCCCCUAGUGAGUUAGCGCACCUUGAUGAGCUGUUUUUGGCAAAGCGGUGCAAACUCGGGUAUAGAGCACGUCGCAUAAUAAAACUAGCUCAAGCUAUUGUUGAAGGCAAAAUUCAAUUAGGACAGCUUGAAGAACUUUCCAAAGAUGCAAGCUUAUCCAGCUAUGAGGAGCUGGAUGAAUGGCUAAAGCAAAUUGAGGGAUUCGGCCCUUUUACUCGAGCAAAUGUACUUAUGUGCAUGGGAUAUUACCAUGUCGUUCCAACGGAUUCUGAAACUAUUAGACACUUAAACCAGGUUCAUUCAAGAAAUUCAACCUUGAAAACAAUUCAAACAGAUGUUGAAAAAAUUUAUGGAAAGUAUGAGCCCUAUCAGUUCCUGGCAUACUGGUCCGAAAUAUGGGACUUUUAUGAAAAAAGAUUUGGCAAGAUGAAUGAAAUGCUUCCUUCUGACUAUAAACUUAUAACAGCUAGUAAUAUGAGAGGCCAUGGGGAAGGCACAAGAAGGAAGAGAAACCCCCCCCAAAAAAAGAAAAAAAUUUGA